AUGGAGAUGAUCCUUCGCUGCUGGGAAGCUAAAGCUGCUGCUCCCUUCAUGCUGUGCAGUCAAAGUCAAAGGAGGGCCGUUCAAUCAAUCAAGAAAUUUAAAUCAGAUGCUCUUUGCUCCGAGGUCGCCGUCCGCCAUUGCUCUCCCGCCUCCCCCUUCCCCUCCUCCAAGGUCGCCGCGAUGGGCGCGGUGUCGCGCCCGGAGCCGGCCCAGCGGAGCGCCCCGAUGCGGCUGUGCGUGCACGUGCUGGAGGCGCGGGGGCUUCCCGCCAUCUACCUCAACGGCUCCAGCGACCCCUACGUGCGCCUGCAGCUCGGGAGGCGGCGGGCCAAGACGACGGUGGUCAAGCGGAGCCUCAGCCCCGUCUGGGACGAGGAGUUCGGCUUCCUCGUCGCCGACGUCGCCGAGGAGCUCGUCGUCUCCGUGCUCAACGAGAACAGGUUCUUCAGCACCGACUUCCUCGGCCGGGUCAAGGUGCCGCUCUCCACCAUCCUCGAGACGGAGGACCACUCGCUCGGCACCGCCUGGUACCAGCUCCACCCCAAGAGCAGCAAGCCCAGGAGCAAAAAACGCGGUGAAAUUUGCCUGAAGAUAUACCUAUCGGUUAGGGACGGCCACUGCAAUGAGUCACAAAACAUUCUGAUGCAACUUAUCAACGAUACGCCGUGCAGCUCAACUAGGUCACUCGAAACUAAUGCCUCAUCCUUAUCAGCAGUUACUAGCAGCCUGGAUCAAUCAGCCUGCACUAGCAUGGACCACGCAUUCUACCGUAGUGGUGUGGAUCAGCUGACCCAAAGCAGCACGAACCAAAAUGUCCCGAGCAGCACACAGCAAUCUGUUAUUCUGGAGCCGGAAGAGGAUGAAGGCGACGCUACCGGCAAUGCAUCAUCAGUAGUGGAGGUCUUGGCUCGAUACUUCCGUAUAGGUACUGAUACCGGACCUUCUCUAACAUCAGAUCCCGAGCCCGUAGAUCAGUUUCAAGAAACAGAAAUAGUGAAUUCUGGAUCCUGCGAAAAUGGCAAGAACGGCAUGCCCGAAGUCAGUCUUGACGAACUACUGAAAACUAUGGAGUCUAAAGAUCAAGGUGGUGGAAUGCCAGGAAACUUACCUGGUGGCAUUCUGCUGGAGCAAUCUUACAUUAUUAAACCAGCUGAAUUGAAUGCCAUGCUGUUUUCAGCGAAUUCAGAUCUCUGGCCAGCAGUUGCAGAAGUUCAAGGACUAAGUGGGUUUCAAAUUGAUCCCUGGAAAUAUGAGAGUAAUGAAAAUUCUGUGAAAAGGACAUUAACUUACACAAAAGCUGCAAGUAAAUUAAUCAAGUCUGUAAAGGCUACAGAAAAGCAGACAUACUUGAAGGCAGCUGGAAAUUCGUUUGCUGUGCUUUCUAGUGUUAGUACUCCUGAAGUUCCCUGUGGUAAUUGUUUCAAGGUGGAGAUAUUGUACUGCAUAAUACCAGGUACCCCACUGCCAUCUGAAGAACAAACCUCACAGCUCACUAUAAGUUGGCGCCUGAACUUUGUUCAGAGUACAAUGCUGAAAGGAAUGAUUGAGAACGGGACAAGGCAAGGCCUCAGAGAAGGAUAUGCACAGUUUACUGAAGUGCUUUCCAAGAAAAUCAAAGUAUCUGAGCUAGAUGGUGCUAACUCGAGCAAAGACAAGAUUCUAGCUUCACUGCAGACUCAUGAACAAUCGAACUGGAGUCUGGUUGCCCGUUUCCUUGGGAGCUUUGCAUUCAUAUUCUCAUUUACUAUUGCAGUGUAUGGCAUUGCACACCUUCGUUUAGCCAAGCCCAGUAAAAUGGUGCAUGGAGGGCUUGAAUAUUUUGGUAUCGAUCUUCCAGAUUCAGUUGGGGAGGUUAUAUUUUGUGCUAUUUUGAUUCUUCAGGGGAGGAAUAUCUUCAAAGUAGGUCAACGUUUCUUGCAUGCCUGGAAAAAACGUGGCAGCGAUCAUGGGGUCAAAGCUCAUGGUGAUGGCUGGUUGCUGACUGUUGCACUUAUUGAGGGAAGCGGCAUAGUAGGUGCAGGCACACCAGGCUUGGCCGAUCCUUAUGUAGUUUUUAUGUGCAAUGGGAAGAGGAAAACUAGCUCAGUUAAGUUCCAGACGUCAGAACCAAAAUGGAAUGAGAUAUUUGAAUUUGAUGCGAUGGAUGACCCCCCGUCAAGGUUGGACGUGGUUGUGCACGAUUCAGAUGGACCAGUCGAUGAUAAUACUAUUUGUCGCACAGAAAUAAAUUUUGUGAAAAACAAUUUGUCAGAUUUGGAUGACAUGUGGCUUCCUCUCGAUGGAAGGUUUGCCCAAGGAUCUGAGCCCAAGUUACAUUUAAGAAUAUUUUUGAACAACUCCCGGGGGACUGAAGUUGUUAUGAAUUAUCUGGAAAAGAUGGGGAAAGAAGUUGGCAAGAAGAUGCACUUGCGGUCUGCUCAGACAAAUUCAUCAUUCCGUAAGCUCUUUAGCCUUCCUCCAGAAGAAUUUCUUAUCGACGAUUUCACCUGCCACCUAAAAAGGAAAAUGCCACUUCAGGGGCGCCUCUUUCUUUCCCCAAGAAUAACUGGGUUUUAUUCCAAUAUAUUUGGGCGGAAAACUAAGUUUUUCUUUCUUUGGGAAGACAUUGACGAUAUCCAGGUUGUUCCACCGUCUCUUUCAACAGUUGGCAGUCCAUCCUUGAUGAUCAUCCUCCAGAAGGACAGAGGUCUAGAAGCCAGGCAUGGUGCCAAAACACAGGAUCCUCAAGGAAGACUGAAGUUCCAUUUCCAAACAUUUGUUUCAUUCAAUGAUGCUCACAGAGUUAUCAUGGCACUUUGGAAAAUGCGGUCAUCUGGUCUAGAACAAAAGGGAGAGAUGAUCGAACCUGAACCAAAACAGCUCCCCUGUGAAGAAGUUCCUCUGUUGGGCAACGAAGACGUAAAAAUGAUAGAAGUCUACUCGGCCGUUCUUUCUGUUGAUGUCAAUGCCUUGAUGGAGAUGUUCUCCGGAGGUCCAUUGGAACACAAGGUGAUGCAGAAGGCUGGUUGUGUUGACUACUCACCAACAGAAUGGGAGCCAGUAAACCGAAACGUAUACCAGCGGCAGAUCAGCUUUAGGUUUGAUAAAAGUUCGUCAAAAUAUGGAGGAGAAGCAACAACCAAGCAACAAAAAUAUAACUUACAGAAUCGAGACGGGUGGGUCCUUGAGGAGGUCAUGACCCUCCAAGGCGUCCUGCAUGAAGACUAUACGAGUAUCCAGCUCAAGUACCACAUGAUGAGCACGUCAUUGAAACCAAACACCUGCAGUAUUCAGGUGAUGUUAGGGAUUGUCUGGUUGAAGGGCACUAGGCACCAAAAGAAGGCUACAAAGAAUGUCAUGUCGAAUUCCACCAACAGGCUGAAGGAAAUAUUCUCAGAAGUCGAAAAGGAGCUUUCAUCAAGAAAAGGUGUGAGUUAACGCAGAGCAGCGACUAGAUUGCUCGAUUCGGUCGCCCAAUUAGAUUAAAAGAAGACACCAAAGAUCGGCAGUCAUGAUGAUCAUAACAUAGUUCGGCGCGGCAGUAUCACUGCCUGCUUCACCCCUUUGCCAACCCAGUAUUUUUGCACAGAUGGCCAGCAUAUCAACUGACAAAGAUAUAUUUCUCCUCCAAGCGCAUUUGAUCAAUCUGAUGUUACACCACAAGAUUAUAUGAAUGGAAUGUAGACUUCCCUGUAAGAAUUGUUAGUAGUUCUUGUGAUACACCAACAGACAUGCCAGUCAUUAUCCCCAUUCAGAUAUUGUAGAGUUUCUAUGUACACCAUAUAGUACCAGGAUGACAGAAUUCAAGUUCGUACCAC